AUGGAGUACAGACCUGAUGUGGGUUUAGAAGAUCUGUGUCCGGUCUGUGGGGAUAAAGUCUCCGGGUACCACUACGGGCUGCUCACCUGUGAGAGCUGCAAGGGAUUUUUCAAAAGAACCGUUCAAAACAGCAAGAAGUACACGUGUGUGGAAAACCAGCAGUGCAGAAUUGAUCAGACUCAGAGGAGACGGUGUCCCUUCUGCAGGUUCCAGAAGUGUCUCCGUGUCGGUAUGCGGCUGGAAGCUGUUCGAGCAGAUCGGAUGAGAGGUGGCAGAAACAAGUUUGGCCUUAUGUACAAGCAUGAUCGUGCCCUUAAGCAGCGGGAAAGGGCUUUGAUACAAGCCAGAAGAUUCAGACCAGAACGCAACCCUAUUUGGGCCUCCUCAACCCACCAGAGACAUAUGGCCUUUACUGAUGGCCUCCACCCAACUGCCAACCUACACAGCACUCCGACAACCACAGAUAAAUCUCCAUCAUUGUCUUCACUUCUGCCCUCCAACUCACCUUUUGUCCCCCAGUACCAGUUCGCCUUCCCCUCAAACUGGACCAUCAAGUCAGAGCACAACAACAACUGGGCGAGUUCAACAGGCUCAACUGCUGGAAUCUGCACUGAUUCAUAUGAUCCAUCCUCAAGAUGUUCCUCUGCACAAGACCCUGUGAUACCUCAGCUAGUGUUGGAGUUUCUGCACUGUGAUCCAGAUGAGCUACAGCUGCGGAAUAAGAUCACUGCUCAUCUCCAGCAGGAGCAGACUGGCUGGGAGAGAUACAGGGACCCCGAAACCUUCAACCUGAUGUGUGUCAUUGCUGAUCAGAUGUUGUGCUUGAUCGUAGAAUGGGCACGCACAUCUAUCUUCUUCAAACAACUUAAGGUUAGUGACCAGAUGAAAUUGCUGCACCACUGCUGGAGUGAACUAUUACUCCUGGACAUCAUCUCCAGACAGAUCCUGUAUGGCAAAGAGGGCAGUCUGCUCCUGGUCACUGGGGAGGAGGUUGAACUGUCAGAUAUAGUCUUUCAUGCUGAUCCUGCUCUGGCCAACCUGACCCAGAGGGGACAAAAACUGGUUGAGAAGCUCCACAUCCUAAAGGUGGAUCGCCAAGAGUUUGCCUGCAUCAAGUUCCUCAUCCUCUUUAAUCCAGAUGUGAAAGAGCUUGAAGAGCAUGGGUUAAUAGAGAGUGUGCAAGAACAGAUUCAAAGAGCCCUGCUGGAGUAUACACUCUCCACCUCUUCACAGUACCUCAGCCGCUUCACUCAUCUGUUGCUGUGUCUGUCUGAGUUACGGUCUCUCAGCAUCCUCACUGAAGAUUACCUAUACUGGAGACACCUGAAUGCUGAGAUGCCAUGCAACAACUUGCUCAGUGAGAUGCUCCAUGCCAAGCGAGCAUGA